AUGUCAAACCUAACUAAGCUAUCCACUCAAGUUUCUUCACUAGGUUCCACUUCAGCAAUACUUGAAUCAUUAAAUAAGUUUAUUGAUUCCUAUAAUGACACAUACAACAAUUUGUACCUAACUUCUAACCUACAAGAUUUGAAGAAGUUUAUAAGUGAUUCGAUAUCCUCUUUCGAAGAUAUCACAUUAUCUCAACUAUCAGUGAAAUCAGAGAACCUGUUAAUUAAUAAUUUCGUUUCGUUGUCGAAAAUCAAUUAUUCAAUAAAUUUAGGAUAUGUGUAUAAUCUUAAUAUCCCGGAAAAUAAUAGCCAACACCCAAAUAUUUUGCUAAAAUUCUUAUUAUCAAACAAUGUCGUCAUACACAACAACAAUGAAAGAUUCUAUAUACCCGAACUCGACCUUUUGGUCACAAAAUAUCGGAUUUAUAACGUACUAUACCUAUGCUUUGUGGAUAUAUUCAUUAGGCUGUCGGAAUUUGAAACAGCAUUCGAGAAAAUUUUGCAACUCGGAUUUGUACAAUACUAUUUAAGAGUAGAAAUCAGUAAUACAGUGUUCAAUUGGGAUCAAGAAAUCACGGAAAAAUUGGGAAAGAAUUAUGAACAAAUAGUCAGAGAACUUGAUAGAAGAGGGAUUUAUCUAUCAGUUAAGAAGCAGUAUAAAAAUGAUCAUUCAAUAAUAGAACACGUAAUUAACUAUUUUGGUGACAGAAUUGAUCUAGAAAUAUGGUCAAGAAUAUUUAAAUUGUAUAUAAAUAUAGAUUCAAUAUACAACACACUGAACAAAAUAGAGUCAUUUCCAAAUUCUGUGAAAAAAAUCAUACUUUCAAAUGUGAAAUUCUACUUCACAGAAGCCCCGAGGAGAAAUAUAUCAAUAAAACCCAGUAAGGAUGGUUCAUCACCUGAAUUCAUUUUCGAAGAUGAAUAUGAGGCUGUCGAGUUAAGUCUAGUUUCUGAAACACCAAACAACUGUAUGAAAAAAUUCGCAGACGAAAAGAGUUUAUGGGAAAUGGCAGGAAGAAUUUCAAAGAGUUUUGUCAUGACACACGUGUUUGGAGUAAACUUCCCGCUGCAAUGUUUCUUUGCGGAGGGAAUGAUGAUGUUCUGCCACCUGUGCAGAGAUUUAUACCACGACAUUUAUUUCAUGGUUUACUCAGUUCUGUUUGAAAUCCUACAGAUCUUCGUAGGAAUUAACCUGUAUUACAGGUAUCAGAGAAAAAGAGAACUCUCAGUCAAGCUGUGCUGCGGAUUCCCAAGAAUAUUUAAACUCAAGUUGAAUCAUAGCCUAAUGCCACCCAUUUUCCAACUGGUCUAUAACCAACACCUAUCGCAAGCAAAACGUAGAGCAAUCUCACCAGAGUUUAUAAUUCCAAACUUUCUAGUCAAGUCGUCAAUGGUCAACAAGUUCAGAAAUCCAAUUCUGGGAAUUUUUGAGGUUUCUCCACUACUGAAAACUGAUAUGGAGCAUAACUUUCUAUUCCACGCACACAACGCAAUGGACUCUAAACCAAUGCUUUAUGAAAAUUUUAAAAUACUACCAAAUAAAGAUACUAACCGUUCUGAAGAACCGGUAGAAUUUUAUUUGGAUUUCAAUGAAUUUGAUAAUUUGAGAGGAGAAUAUAAAUCAAGAACUGUGUUGAAUACAAUGGAAAUGUUGACUAUAAACGGAGUAAAGAUAUCAAAAUUCGAAAAAAAGAACCCUGAAUUCAAUUAUAUACAUUUUUUAAGAUCAUUAUACUGUAAAAAGAAUAGGGUGAGAAUUAAAAACUUUGAUAAAAAGGAAUACUCGUUUAGCGACUAUCAUUUAGCAUUCAUAUACUCAGAUGAAGGAAGUUGGAUAAUUAAAGGGUACCCGGAUAACAUAUUGUCAGUGAUAAUGACGAUAUCAUUCUUUGUUGAUGACGUGUACAUGCUUAUACACUACUCACAAUCACUGGAGUAUCUAAAAUAUAAAGAUACACUCAAGACAAAGAACAGAGCAUUUGUACAGACAUUGUUACCGUUUUUUCCAAAAAGAUCAUCAAAGGAUGCGAAGAAGAUAAUAUUGUUCCAGAAACACAUUAAGAAAAAGUUCAGAUCGCAGUUGAUAUCGUCGAGAAAUUUCAUACCAUUCAUCCCCAACGUCAAAAAGAGCUAUUCGAAGUUCACGAAGAUCAUGCUGAAACCCGAAGCCAGACCAAAAUGUGAAGUUUACAUCAAAAAUAACCAAGGACAUGAAUCUAAGAUAUCAUUUAAAGUAACAUCAAGGAAAAGAAGAAAUAAUAUUUCACUCCAACCAUUCAGGCGCAGAAAAGUUAAUCCCAUGUUAAGCUCCAAUAAGGGCUCGUACGGAAAAUCAUACGUCGACCCUGAUUUUAGAUACAGCACAACAAACCUGAGAUCACUUUAUAGGUAUAACUCAAAUCUGACAUCAUUCUUACAUUCAUACACAAUUGGAGAAAAUAUAGAUAAUAACAUGUUCUUUGGAACGCCAUCAAAGUGUAUACACCUCUCGUUUGGAAUAUCAUUUAAAGAUUGCAAUUUCUGUAACAAACUAAACAACUUUAAGCAUAUAAGUCACCUAUUGUACCUAAUAGACCUGUUAUCCCAUCACCUGUUCACUUUAAACUCAACGUACUCCACAACUACAGGUUUAUUUGGAAACUAUAAAAGUAAAACAAGAGUAAAAACAGUGUAUGAACCAAGUGAUUUAAUGGGAAACACAAUAAAAAGUGUUGGGAGUUUGGAUUUAUCAUCAAGGUUCUCGGAAAUUAUGUCACAAAUUGACAAGAACUUCCAACACAAGUUGUUUACAUAUAGUAUGAAUGAGUACCCAUUUAAGCUACUGAAGGAGUGUCUUGAAAACACAAUUUUUUUGUCACUAUCGACUGCAUUCCACGAAAGCUACUACAAUCACUUGGUUUCAAGGCUCGCAAUAUACCACCUGAUGAAGGGAAGAUUUAACAUAGCACUCUCCCUGAUGAUCCAGACACUCUCUGAAUCCAAUAUUUACAAAAUCAAUUACGGAGGGUCAGAAUCACACUUGAGAGAAAAUUAUUUGUGUGAUUUCGAUAAGCUGUUUAAGGUACAACUAAUAAAUAAAAUAUACAUUGAGCUUUUGAAUGAUUUCUAUACAUUCAGAAAGUUCAACAAUAUUACUGGGGAGAGAACAUUCGUAUAUGAUCAUUCGGAGUCUGAUUCAAAGGAGAAUAGGAACCAUGAACAUAAAUUAUGCUUAAUGACGGGAUAUUCGUACCUGAUGGAAGCACAAUCGAAAUUCAUGACCACAAUGUCGAUAAUAGAUAAGAGUUUUCGUGAAUUCGGUUCUAGCGUUGAUGUAAAACAAAGAUUUUUAUUUGCAAACAGAGAAGAUGAUUUUAGUAAUAAAACUGUAGAAACGGACGAAUACAAGUAUACAAUGAAACUAGGAACAGAAGUAUUGCUCAAGGCAGUAAGACUAAACCCUACGGAUUAUAAGUCAUGGUAUUACCUGGCCCAAUGCAGUAUGUGCUCAAACGAUUUUCACUUCGCAUACAAGUGCUGCGAACGUUCAAUUGAGUGCUUUGACUCAUCAUUGGCGUCACUUCUGACAAUGGUCGUUUGCAAUAGUACAAGGAUCAGAACCUGCUCACCCUUCAUUACGGAUGAUAAAACUUGGGAAGAGUACCUCCAGAAAAAUUCUUUUGAAAAUGCAGUGUCUUUCAGAUCAAUACCUUCACCAAUGGAACCAAUUUUUGAGGUUAAAUUAAACACUAAAAAAGAGUUGGAAGAACACCUUAAAAAAUACGUUGGAGGUGAUCCAGAAAGUUCAAUAAUUGUCUUGAAUUCACUACAAGGCUUUGAAAACAUCUAUGUAUCAAGCGCGAUUCUGCAAAUGAUGGCUAGACUGGGAACUAAAUUUAAUUCUUUAUUCCCAUGGGAAUAUAGGUAUCUGAACAAGUCUCAAAAGGAUAUAAAGGUGAAUGAGGAUGAUCGAGAAUUAACAACAAAUUUGUUAUCAGGGUUCAGAAAUUACGUAAAAAAGAUGGUUUCAGGUUCAGUAGAGGUGAAGUUCAUGUUGUGCUCAGUACAGUUUAUUAGUCUUGUCUUGGAACUAUUUUUCUCGAAGAAGUUUAACAUGAGAUGCAGACACCAUAGUAGAAAAAUACAAGGACAAUACACUUGCGGACUUAGUCUAAAUUUUAUAGAAGAGGAACUUUACGGCUGGAUAACAUGUAUUGAAGUGUUAUCGCAAAUAGGAGAAGUUGAAACUUCAAGAAUUCUGCUCCCAAUUCUGGACGUGUACAUGGAUUACCACCUCCUGGAUAGGCCGAGUAAAAAGAAGUCCGACAAAAACCCUUGUAAAAUAAGUCACAGGAAUAGAAAUAGGAGAAAAUUAGUGCAGAGGUACUUUGGCCAGGAUCCUUUCGGUCGCAUUGACGUUCAACUAGAAAUAAAGUAUAUAAACGUUUACACAAAGGCACAUAACAUAUCGAGUAAAGAAUCCCUAAAGGAGUUGAUGGAAGAAGUUAUGAAAUUAAACACGAAGUAUUCAUACAGGAAACUACUAAUGUUACAGAACAGAAUUCAUGCGGGGCUCGGAGAAUAUAGCAACUCAGUUGAAAUUGGGAACCAGAUACACAGAACGACCAUGAAAAUUUGGAAAAACACAGACUUUGACUUGGAACAUAAAAGCCUUUUGGCAUUUGCGUACUCACUAGAUAUGACAGGAGAGCAUGAGAAAUCAGAAAAAAUCACUACAUUCGCAGACCAGAUUCAUCUAACAACACCAGUGCUAAAGCUUGACCUAAGCCUCAGUGUGCCGUUGUGA